CAGAAAAAAUGAAAACAUAAACAAAUCACACGUGUGCGCAUUCCACCCGUUUUCACAGCUGCGAGAGUUAUCGUACGCAGCAGGCUCGAUAAAAAUGGUCCGCGUGGACCUAUCCCUGCUAGUGCAGCUUCAAGCGCUUCCCGAGCGCAUUCGGAACAUUUGCAUCAUAGCACAUGUGGACCAUGGUAAGACGACACUGGCGGAUUCACUGAUCGCAAGCAACGGCAUCAUUUCGCAACGACUGGCCGGAAAACUGCGCUAUCUGGACAGUCGACCGGACGAACAGGAGCGACAGAUUACGAUGAAGAGCAGCAGUAUUGCGUUGCACCACGAGGGACACCUCAUAAACCUGAUUGAUUCACCCGGACAUGUGGACUUUUCGAGUGAGGUCUCAACGGCGAUGCGGCUGUGCGACGGAGCCAUCGUGGUGGUGGACGUCGUGGAAGGCGUCUGUCCCCAGACAAGAAUUUGUCUUCAGCAGGCGUACAAUGAGAAUCUGGAAACAGUCCUGCUGCUGAACAAAAUGGAUCGGUUAGUACUGGAGAAGAAGAUGGAUACCGUGGAAGCGUACAAGCAUCUCGUACAGGUGCUGGAGCAAGUAAACGCCGUGGUGGGGAAUAUUUUCGCUUCCGACGUACUUGCGCGUGAGGAUUUAAGUUCGAAGGACCAGAUAUCUGCGUUGGAAGAUACGGAUGAUUCGCGUAUUUAUUACGCUCCAUCGAAUGGCAAUGUAUUAUUCGGUUCGGCGAUAGACGGAUGGGGUUUCACGGUGAAAGCAUUCGCUAAAUUAUAUCAUGAGAAACUGGGUGUUCCUCUGGAACAGCUUGAGGGCGCGAUGUGGGGUGAUUUUUUCUUCAGUCCAAAGAAAAAAAGUAUCGAGCGAGGAGCAUUAGAUAAAGGACGAAAACCACUCUUUGUUCAGCUGGUUCUGGAUAAUUUGUGGAGUAUAUACGAUUUGGUUGAAAAUCGUGACGUGGAAAAGCUGAAAAGUGUGUCUGAGAAACUAGGAGUCACGCAAGUCCCCCGAGAUCUUAAGCACGCCGAUAUGCGCGUACCAAUCAAGAAUCUUCUAUCGCAGUGGCUUCCAAUGGAGCGAUAUCUGUUGGAUUUGGUGACUAACACUGUUCCCAAUCCGAAGAUAAUCCCUAAUUCAAAAGCCGAAAGAUUGCUUUGCUCGAGAAUGGAAGAUUUUAAAUCCUUUCCCGAGAUUACACAAAAUCUCAAACAGGAUAUACUUAAAUGCGACCUCGCAAGUGAAAAUUUGAUUGUGUUCAUUUCGAAAAUGUUUCCCGUUGAGCGAAAAUUUUUGCCACCUUCCAUGAUACCAGUCGAUGCUGAUCGAGUGGAUGAAGAACCUUUCCUUGCAUUCGCAAGAGUCUACAGCGGAACCUUGAAACAGGGAGACUAUGUGUACGUUAUUGGUCCGAAACACGAUCCUAGAAAUUUGACUACGGAAGGAUUUAGCCUCGAAACAUCCCCACACAUUUCCCGUGUUCAAUUGGGACCACUGUUUAUGCUAAUGGGCCGUGAAUUGCAGGCGGUUGAAUCCGUUCCAGCGGGCAAUAUUGUUGGCAUAGCGGGCCUCCAGAAUCAUGUGCUUAAAACGGCGACAUUAAGCAGUACUCCGUACUGUCCUCCUUUCGUAGACCUUCCGAUGAUUGCCACACCUAUCUUGAGGGUUGCCGUGGAACCAAAAGACAUCCAAAAGAUGCCCGAACUGCUCCGCGGCUUGAAGCUCCUCAACCAGGCAGAUGCAUGUGUGCAAGUUUGCAUACAGGAAAGUGGAGAACAUGUGCUGCUCACCCUGGGGGAGGUUCAUCUGGAGCGAUGCAUAAAAGAUCUUCAGGAUAGCUACGCUAAAAUAGAGCUGAAUGUAUCGAAACCAAUUGUUCCGUUCAAGGAAACGAUUGUGAAAUUUGUUCCAACAUCUGAGGAGAAUCCGGAGGAAGAAAUCGCUAAAGAGAAGGAGCGCGAGAAAACCGUAACGAUUCACACACCAAACAGACAGAGUUGCAUCAAACUGUUGGCUCUUCCAUUACCAUCGGAGGUUGUUGAACUGUUGGAAUGCAACCACCAGAUUCUCAAGGCUCUUUCAAAGGCCCAGGAAGCGAAAGAAAUAUCUCACAAUCUACAGGAAUCGCUCGAUGAACUGCGAAGUAAUUUGAGCCGAAUGUUUUCGGAGAGUGAAAGCGAAGAGCUCGACUCUUCCUCAGUUGACAAAAUAUGGAGCUUUGGGCCGAAAAAGUGUGGUACUAAUAUACUGCUAAACUACACUUCGUUCAAACACCAUUCGGUGUGGUGUUCCCGACGACCGGAAGAGACAACCAAAGACAUUCGCCACAAUUUCGAAUCAUCCUUCGUUAAUGGUUUCCAGCUGGCCACCUUGGCGGGUCCACUCUGCGACGAACCGAUGCAAGGUGUCUGUUUCAUUAUCCUGCAGUGGGACGUUUUCCAGCUGUUGGAAGAAGGCGAACUGAGUGCGGUUGUUUCACAUGGUCCACUUUCGGGUCAAAUUAUGUCCAUCGUGAAGGAAGGCUGCAAGAAGGCCUUCCAAAAUCAACCCCAGCGUUUGGUACAUCCGAUGUAUAGCUGCAACAUAACGGUGAGCUCCGAUGUGUUGGGAAAGUUGUAUGCUGUCAUUGGACGUCGCCAUGGUCGGAUACUGUCCGCCGAUCUGAUCGAGGGAAGCGGCCAGUUCGACGUAAGUGCGGUCAUUCCGGUUAUCGAGUCGUUCAAUUUUGCGACGGAGCUUCGGAAGCAGACUUCUGGGCUGGCAAUGCCACAGCUAGUGUUCAGCCAUUGGGAGAUUGUCAACAUCGAUCCCCACUGGGUUCCGACGACGGAGGAGGAAUACGAACAGUAUGGUGAAAAGGCAGAUUUUACGAACCUCGCUAAAGUCUACAUGGAUUCGAUACGGGAACGGAAGGGGUUGGCUGUGGAGAAGAAAACAGUCGAACACGCGGAGAAACAGCGGACGCUUUCCAAGAAUAAGUAAAUUGCCUCAAAGUAUUUUUUGUUGUUGUAAAUAUUAGGUUUUAUUCGAAGGAUAAUUGUGGUGACUAGCAAAUGUUUAGGUGAUUAAAUUAACAAUUUUAUUCAAUCUAUUUAUGGAAUGUAGCAUCAUUGUAAAUAAAAAU